UUUUUGCCUAAUGGCACACAGCCACAUUGGCGUGGAAAGGUCACAAUGGUCAAAGUGUUCGGAGGGGCUUGGAAGGACUUGGCUUGCAUCUGCCAGCUAUGCAUUGCUUGAUGGUUCAUCCUGUGUGGGUUAGCCUUGCUAUAGAUGACCUCGUAUUAAACAGAUAUGCUCUUGGAAGGCAUUUCAUCGUCGUUGAUGGCUUUCACGCCAAUGCCUCAAUAGCACAUAUACCAAUUACAGAACUUGCCCCACACUGCACAGAUGCCAAUAUGGCCAAAACUGCACAUCGUCCCACAGUUCCUUUUUUUGUUUUGGCGACAUGGCGCGUUGACCCAUUAACUCUUGUCAAAGCCGUGAUGGGGCCCGUGUCUUGGACCAUCCGAGUCUCCACUCUGAGUUCAUCGCCGUCUUGAAGUUAACGGGUGAGGGGAAGGACAAAGGGUAAAGCCUCAGGCCCAAUACAAUAAUAAAAAGAUGAUUUGUUCAUUCUUCCAAUACAGAGUGCGAGCUGCAAGGAUAAUCUGUUGCACAUGGACUGACCGAUCCAAAGACGUCAUGGUGCAUCACGCUUGUUUUCGGAUCUGAAAGAACUGGCCGAGGCUUUUGAAGCUCAGUGUAGCCCGUCCUGGUAAACUAGGUCGACAUAUGACACCAUCAACCCAAGUAGCAAAAGCC